AUGAAGAAGAUGAAAGAAUGGGAAUGGGAUUUUUUCAUCAGGCCUGAAGAUCAUUUUCAUUCAAAGGUUUCUCAUAAUGAGGGUGUCGAUGUCAUUUCUAAUAUUAAAAAGAAUUUAACCCCUGAAACUUUGGAGAGAUUUUCACAAACUUGUUUUGGAAAAGAGGUAAAACAGCCUGUGUUUUAUGAGUUAUGGAUCAAAGUUUCUGGUCAGUUGUUAAAAUUUUCUAUUGAUGAAUUUGCUUUAAUAACUGGACUGAAAUGUGUUGGUAGUGUUGAUCUCAAGUUGUACAAAAAUGAGACUUCUGAUUUUAAAACUAACUGUUUUGGAAAUAUAAAGAAAGUUUCAAAAAAGUUUUUGGAAUAUAGUUUUCUUUCGAAGCGUUGGAGUAACGAGGAAGAGGCUUUUCAAAUGGCUGUCUUGUAUUUCAUUGAAAUAUUUUUAUAUAAUAACAAAAGUGAGUCAAAUGUUCGUGAUGCACAUUUUAACCUUGUUUGUAGUGGUGACUUUGAAAAUUUCCCAUGGGGAAAAGAUUUGUUUCAUGCUACUUUGGAGUUUUUAAAAAGUAAACUCAGUUUAUGGAAAAACUGUGAUUUUUUAAAGAAAAAAUCGAGAUCUUCUGAUACCCGACCUUCAAGCCGAUAUGACGGAUUCCCUUUGGCCUUCCAAACUUGGUUUUUCGAGUGUUGCCCUGCUCUCGAAGGUGGAAUAGCUUCUUGUUGUGGAACUGAAAUUCCUCGCAUUUUGCGUUGGAAGGUUACAACUCUUCAGAGUUGGUCUUAUUUGUGCCGAAACCUCUUUGAUCAAUCUGCUGAACAGUUAAAAUUAUGCAAUAUUACACCAACCGUUGAGGAGAGGACGUUGUUGAACUUAGAGGGGCUGUUUUUAAAAGGAAAGCGUAAAGUCGAAAUGGAGCUAGAGGAUAGUGAAGGAGUUAAUUUUAAAACCAAAAUUAAUAAAUUGGUUUUGAAUCAGUCGAAGAUGUUCAAUGAGUUUGCUGCUAUCAAGACAUUCAUAGAGACUGAAUUCUUUGAUGUCAAGAAUCAAUUGGUUGAAUUGAAAAGUGGAUGCUCGUGGUCUUGUUUCUUCUUCAGAAGAAACUGUUAG